AUGGGACUGGACUUUGAUGUAAAGACAUUUUGCCACAAUCUGCGGGCCACCAAGCCCCCGUAUGAGUGCCCUGUUGAGACCUGCCGUAAAGUUUACAAGAGCUACAGUGGCAUUGAAUAUCACCUUUACCACUAUGACCAUGAUAACCCAACUCCUACACCAAAUAUUCCCCAGAAAAAGAGGAAAGGACGGCCUCCUCGUGUAUCACUGGGGUCAGGAGAUGGGGAGGAAGAUGGUGGUAAUGGUGGUGCUCCAGCACAUGGAGAUAACAUUCCAGGUAGUCCCAGCCGAUCAGAGCGUUCUCACUCCCCAAGCAGAGAAACAAUGACUUAUGCCCAGGCACAGCGCAUGGUAGAGCUGGAGUUCCAAGGACGCAUUCACCGCAUUAGCAUCUUCGAGAACAUUGACGUAGUGUCGGAGGAGGACAGUGAAGUGGGCGAUCCUCCAUCAUCUGGCACUGGGGGGCGGUGGACCAGUGGUGGCGGCAUAUGUAAUGGUAGUGACAGUGGAGCUGGAGGUAUUGACGUAGGUGAUGGCGGCAAAGACCGGCAAGAUCUACCUGCUUCUAAUGGAGGCAAAGCCACACCGAAGACUGGGAAGCACAAGAGUAAAGAAAAAAAAAAGGAUGGCUCAUCCCAUCAUCACAGCGCUCAGUCUGGGCCUGCUGUCAAGCUGCCUGAGGCAGUUUUUCGAGAACUUGACCAAGAGAGACCCGAUGCUCCUCCUCGGCCCUCAUCGUACUACAGGUACAUUGAUAAAUCAGUGGAGGAGCUGGAUGAGGAGGUUGAGUAUGAUAUUGACGAAGAAGACUACAUCUGGCUUGACAUUAUGAACGACAAGAGGCGGCGUGAUGGCGUGACACCCAUCCCUCAGGAGGUCUUUGAAUACCUCAUGGACCGCUUAGAGAAGGAGUCCUACUUUGAAAGCCACAAUAAGGCGGACCCCAGCACUCUCAUUGACGAGGAUGCCGUCUGCUGCAUCUGUAACGACGGAGAGUGUCAGAACAGCAACGUGAUCCUGUUUUGUGACAUGUGUAACCUGGCUGUACACCAGGAGUGUUACGGCGUGCCCUACAUCCCAGAAGGCCAGUGGUUAUGUCGUCGCUGCCUGCAAUCCCCGAGUAGAGCUGUGGACUGUGCCCUGUGUCCCAAUAAGGGCGGAGCUUUCAAACAGACAGACGAUGCACGCUGGGCACAUGUAGUGUGCGCCCUCUGGAUCCCAGAGGUCUGCUUUGCUAAUACAGUCUUCCUGGAGCCAAUUGACAGCAUUGAACACAUCCCUCCAGCACGCUGGAAGCUCACCUGCUACAUCUGCAAGCAGCGCGGCUCGGGCGCCUGCAUCCAGUGUCACAAAGCCAACUGUUACACGGCCUUCCACGUCACCUGUGCCCAGCAGGCCGGCCUUUAUAUGAAAAUGGAGCCUGUCAGAGAGACCGGCGCCAACGGCACAUCCUUCAGUGUCCGCAAGACGGCCUACUGUGACAUCCAUACCCCGCCCGGUUCGGCACGACCCUUAGGAGGAGUAGGAGGGGCUAGCAUGGGUUCAUCCCACAGUGAAGGAGAGCUGGAGGAGGAUGAUGAGCCCAGUCUUGGGCAUGAUGAGGACUCCAAGGGCUGGAGCUCUGAGCGAGCCAAGAGGGCGAAGGCGAAAUCUAGGCUGAAGAUGAAGAGAGCGAGGAAGAUUUUAGCAGAGCGGAGAGCUGCUGCGCCUGUGGUGUCUGUGCCAUGUAUACCACCCCACAGGCUGAGUAAAAUCACCAGUAACUUGACGGUACCCAGAAAAAGCCAGUUCAUGCAGCGAUUGCACAGCUACUGGACCCUGAAAAGGCAAAGUCGCAAUGGUGUGCCCCUGCUGCGCCGCCUCCAAACCCACCUGCAGUCACAGCGACAUAUUGAUCCGAUCCCACAGCAGCCUAUGUCACAGCUUCCUUUGAGAGACAGUGAAGAGAAACAGACUGCUUUGAAGGAGCAGCUGAAGGCAUGGCAGAGGCUACGGCAUGACCUGGAGAGAGCCAGACUGCUGGUGGAACUCAUCCGCAAAAGGGAAAAACUGAAAAGGGAAACGAUUAAAGUGCAGCAGAUGGUGCUAGAAAUGCAGCUGACUCCUUUACUGGUGCUGUUGAGGAGCACACUGGAACAGUUACAGGAAAGAGACACUAACAACUUUUUUACUGAGCCUGUGCCCCUGGCAGAGGUACCAGACUACCUGGACCAUAUAGACACUCCAAUGGACUUCCAGACCAUGUGGAACCUGCUGGAGACCCAUCGCUACCUCACAUUUGAGGCCUUUGAGGCUGACUUUGGCCUUAUUGUCAACAACUGCCUCAAGUACAACGCCAAGGACACAGUUUUUUAUCGUGCCGCCCUACGUCUCAGAGAGAUGGGAGGUGCUGUCAUACGAACAGCCAGACGCCAAGCCGAGCGGAUAGGUUUUGACUACGAGACAGGCAUGCACCUCCAUCGCGAGUUGAGUCCGGACAGCCAGCAUGACCAUGAGAGAGACAGGGAGAGGGAGCGUGAGAGAGAAAGGGAUCGAGACAGAGACCGGCCAUUGUCUUCUAAUGAAGACGACCUCCUCCUGCCAGAGAACAGGCGACGGCUCCCAUUGGAAGAGCAGCUGCAUUACCUGCAGGUUCGUCUCGAUGAGGUCAGCUCUGGCAAGCACAGCAUCGGUCAGUCUCGCAGAGCCAAAGCUCUGAGGAAGGAGAUCACUGUCAUCAAGAGGAAGCUUGCACACCAGCGGGAGGAAGGCUCCGGUAUGGGGGCCAGAGAAUCUGUGGGAGGGGGAGACCGGAAUUCUUCCCUUCCCCAUCACCCAUCUUCGACAGGACGCCAUGAUGAGGGGGGAGAGAGCAGCAACCAGGAGAUUGGUGGCAAGGAUCUGAAUGUGUCCUCGUCAGCUUUAGCUCCAGAGGUGGGCCGUCGGACGUCUGUCCUCUUCUCAAAGAAGAAUCCAAAAAUGGCUGGACCACCCAAAAGGCCAGGUCGCCCCCCCAAAAACCGUGAUUCUGGCUACACCGGUACAGGCGUGACUCCCAGCCCGAUCGGCCCCCCUCAGCUGCCCCUACUGUCACCGUCCAGGCAAAGGAAGAGGCCCCGCAGCCCCCACAGCACCUCCAGCUCAGACAGUGACAGUGAUAAUGAUGACCUGCUGCCAGGUUUGCCAAGUAAUGGGUUUGAUGGAGGCAACCAGCCUGUAACGGAGAGUUUUUUGGUGUACAGAAACGAGCCCCGUCUGCCUCGUUCCAGCUCAGAUUCUGAGUCCACGACCAGCAGCAGCAGCAGCGCAGCGUCGGACAGGACCAGUACCACCCCCUCUAAGCAGGGCAGAGGCAAAGCCUCAUUCUCUCGCUCCGCCUUCCAGGAGGACAGCAGUGAAGAAACAUCAGGCACUGAAAAUGACUCCUACUCUGUUGGAGGGACACGGGGCGUUUCACACUUGGUGCGUGGCCGCAGCAGGUCAGGAUGCUGGAUGACCUCUGAUGAAUACGCCUCUCUCGAAGCUCUGGACCUGGUCUGGGCUAAGUGCAGAGGUUAUCCCUCAUAUCCUGCUCUGAUAAUUGACCCGAAGAUGCCCAGAGAAGGGGUGUUCCACCGAGGUGUCCCUAUACCCGUCCCUCCCUUGGAUGUGCUGAAGCUUGGGGAGCAAAUGACCCAGGAGGCCAGAGAGCACCUGUUUCUGGUCCUCUUCUUUGACAACAAGAGAACCUGGCAGUGGCUGCCGCGCUCAAAGCUUGUGCCACUCGGGGUGGACCAGGAACUGGACAAGGAAAAGAUGCUGGAGGGCAGGAAAUCCAACAUCCGCAAGUCGGUGCAGGUGGCGUACCACCGCGCCAUGCAGCACCGCAGCAAGGUCCAGGGGGACCCCAGCAGUGAGACCAGUGACAGCGACUGAGCACAAACAAAACAGCACGUGUUUGUUCUGGCAGGUGUCAUCUAAUUUAGCCCUGAAACCUAGUGGAAACUGAAUCCACUAUACCAGCCCCCGAGACACAGUGCACACUAAACCAUGGAAUUUGACAUGUAAAAUAUUGUAUUUAAGAGAUCUGGGGGUUGGGGGGGGAGUUGUUAAUAAUGGUGAAAAAAAGAGGUUAUGUUUGGAAUCAUGAUUGAGAAUAUGUGGUUAACUGCAAUAUGACGGCACACGUCGAAAAAAAAAAUUAUGAGUAUUUCACACUAUGAUACACACAUACAGUCUGCCUGUCCUUGUUUUGCACAUGCAGCCACACAUGCAAAUGUUAAUUUUCAGCAAGGGAUAUAUGUAAAUGCACGCACCGUGGGAACAGCUGCACAUGCUGCCACCUGCCCACAUCAUCUCAACAUUCACACACCCACCCCUCCAAAAAUCAGGUCAGGUUCUGGGGUCCAGAGCAGCACAGAGAGACUGCUGCAGCAGCCAGCACUGUCCACAAACAACUUAAUGGUUAUUUAUUCUGCUGGCUCGUGUUGUUUUUUUUGUUUUGUUUUGUUUUUUUGGGGGGGGUUGGAACAAGAUGCUCAGGCUUGUUUCAACAUGGACUCUUUCUUAUUGCUCGAGCUACACAGGAUAAUGUUGUAGAGUGUUUUUCUCGUUUCAGUGAGUGUUCAUAAUGUCUCCAGUUUUUACUUUUUUUGCUAACUUCCUCACACAGGCUACUGGUUAAUGAACAAUGAGGACUAAAGUGAAACACACAGUAGCCUCACAAUCUGUCUUAGUCUCAGACUAGUGGCUGUAGAACUUUUAUAUAUACAGAUUGCAUAAAUACAGAAGUUUAAUAAACUUUUUUUGUACGUU